CUGAGAGCAACCGCCUCUACCGGUCACUCAUGUCGGAGCCGGCGCGCGAGUAUGACCCGCUGUUCCCACGCAGCUACGCAGCUUCGUCUACGACAUCCACGUCCACAGCUCCACGAUGCUACGGCGGGUUCGAGCAGCAGAAACGCGUGUGGGCUUCAACGGCUCAGCGGUCGCAGCGCAUCCGGGUGAUCGCAGGUCUUCAGCUGCUAUUGGGGUUGCUGGCGUCUGGAAAUUACCUGUGGAUGUCCAAUAUCUUCAUGUUCAUCGUGGGCGUCGUCGGGUUAUUGGCCGUGCGCUCUGAGCGCAUGAGCUGGACCGUCGUGUACUUGCUGCUGAGUGCCAUGGAGUUUGCACGUAUUGUUAUGCUCACACCUCAUCUGUACGAUCGGUUUGAGGUGCCAGGAUACGCCUUCUCACGCUAUGAGUACUUCCAAGUCGUGGUGCUCGUGCUGGAAGAAGUGUUGCUAGUGCCAGCAGCUUUCUUCGUGUGCAUUGCCGCUGCAGCGUCAGUUGCCAAUCCGUUAUGGUAAACUGGCCGCUGCAAGGACGAGAUUUGUUGCAUUUUUUGGGCAACGAUUCAUUAUCAGAGAAGUACGAGAACACACGGUGCGAUGGCGUUGCUGUUGCUGUUGCAUCAGCCCACUGAGCCUGGAUUUAUUAGGAAUAGUUUUUUAUCACAUG